AUGGCCGACAGGAACCACCCCUCCGCCAAGCCGGCGGCGCGCACCGUGCUCAACCUUGGCAACCUGCCCCCAAAGAAGCAGGGCUUCGGAAACGCAGGGCAGUACCCGCGCACUCCCUCGCGCGUGGACCCCAACAACCCGCCGUGGCCCGCGUACCGCGGCUACCACGAGUACUCGUUCGCCCACGAGACGAUGGGCAAGCGCCUGCCCACGAUCCUGGGCAAGGCCGUCGACGACGUCGUCAAGACGCUCAACGAGCAGUACGAGGAGGAAAAGAUUGUCGACCUGGCCGAGUGCAUCGAACGCAUGCAGACGCUCAUGAACGACCUCAACACCAACGCCAAGCUGCGCCCCAUCAUCGACGACGGCGAGGGCGACAUCCCGCUGUGGAACAAGGAGAUUGCCAAGUUCUUCCGCGGCAAGGACUUCAUGAACGCGCCGUGGCUGUUUGCCGAGGCGUACAAGUACCGCCGCCUCCACGAGUGCUUUAGCAUCUCCAAGUACUGGAAGGACUACGACGUCUUCUUCCGCCAAAAGUGCGACACCUUUAGCCGCAGCAGCACCGCCGUCUUUGAGCUCUCGACGCGCUUCGCCGAGCCCUUCGUCUACGAGGAGGGCGCCAACGAAGACGAGAAGCUCAAGGCUCGCAAGCUCCUCUUCCACGAGCUCACCCAGGUCUGCCUGUGGGGCAACGCCACCGACCUGUCGCUCCUCAUCAACAUGACCGAGGAGGACAUCAAGAACCUCCAGUCGACGGGCGGCGAGCACCUCGCCGCCACCGAGAAGAACAUCCUGGGCAACCACCUCGACCGCAUCUGGAAGCUCGUCUCGACGAUGAAGAACGGCCGCAUCGACUUUGUCCUCGACAAUGCCGGCUUCGAGCUCUACUGCGACUGCGUCUACGCCGACUGGCUCGUCCAGGCCGGCAUCGCCAGCGAGAUCCACUUCCACGGCAAGCGCUUCGCCUGGUUCGUCUCGGACGUGACGCGCAAGGACUGGGACUGGCUGCUCAACUCGAUGGUCUACGGCUCCCUCUUCCCGCACGGCACCGACGCCGAGCUCAACUCGGUUAAGCAGAUGGGCCUGCGCUGGAAGGAGUACGAGAAGAAGGGCCAGUGGGUCUACGAGCAGCACCCCUUCUGGUGCACGGGCUACACGUUCUGGUCGAUUUCCACCGAGGCGCCCGACCUCUUCCUCCACCUGGCCGACUCGGACCUCGUCAUGUUCAAGGGCGACCUCAACCACCGCAAGCUCACCUACGACUGCCAGGCGCCCAGCGACACGCCGUUCGACAUGGCCAUCGGCCCGCUGGCCAGCGAGGACGGCGCGCCCCCCGUCGUGUCGCUCCGCACCAUCAAGUCGGACGUCGUCGUCGGCGUGCCCGGCGAGGUGUCGCAGCGCCUCGACAACGAGGAGCCCGGUUGGCGCAUCUCGGGCAAGUACGCCGUCGUCCUCCUCAGCGACGGACUCAAGGGCCGCCCGGUCAAGUUUGACGGUUAA